UCCACGACCGUAAUGUUGUGAGACACAUUGUGCGGAUUUCAGUACCAAUGGAAGUUGAUGGCAUUUUGUACGAAACUCUCCACCCACUCUCCGCCGCCGGCACCACCACCACCGCCGACGACGACUUACCUCCGUCGUUGUCGUCCUCCGACGAACAUGAACCCUACGUUGUAUUCCGGAACCAGAUUUCACUAUCAACUAUCCAGUGUCCCUCACCGGAAACUGCCGCGCCUGAUUACUUUUCACUCGACCUCGAUGGAGACGCCGCCGACCUGAAUACCAGCUCUGUUUCGACGCCGGUACCAUCUGCUACUCCUUUGCCGGAUAAGGAAGUAGAGAGAGGACUUGAAGGCAAUUGGUUUCGUGCUAAUUGUCGGUUUAAGAGUCCCAUGCUCCAGCUUCACCAAGAGAUAAUAGAUUUUUGUGAGUUUUUAUCACCUACACUGGAGGAGCAAGCAUCUCGUAAUGAAGCAAUAGAAUGUGUUUUUAAUGUUAUUAAAUAUAUCUGGCCCAACUGCAAGCCAGAGGUUUUCGGAUCAUUCAAGACAGGGCUUUAUCUUCCCACUAGUGAUGUUGAUCUGGUGAUUUUAGGGUCAGAAAUUAGAAGUCCUCAAAUUGGGUUACAAGCUCUUUCCAGAGCUCUCUCACAGAAAGGAGUUGCGAAGAAGAUACAGGUGAUUUCAAAGGCUCGUGUGCCAAUAAUAAAAUUUGUGGAGAAGAAAAGUGGCAUUUCAUUUGACAUAAGCUUUGAUGUGGAAAAUGGACCCAAAGCUGCUGAAUUUAUUAAGGAUGCUAUGUCUAGCUGGCCUCCUCUUCGACCAUUAUGCUUGAUUUUGAAAGUGUUCUUGCAACAGAGAGAGUUAAAUGAGGUUUAUACUGGUGGGAUUGGAUCCUAUGCAUUGCUUGUAAUGCUCAUAGCAAUGUUGCAGAAUCAUCGAAAUGGCCAGGCUUCUGCGGAGGAGAAUUUGGGAAUUCUUUUGGUUAAUUUCUUUGAUAUUUAUGGACGCAAACUAAAUACAUCAGAUGUUGGUGUAUCUUGUAAUGGAGAAGGUACCUUCUUCCUGAAGAGUAGGAAAGGGUUCUCAAUUAAAGGAAAGCAAUCUCUUAUCUCCAUUGAGGAUCCACAGACACCAGAAAAUGACAUAGGCAAGAGCUCCUUCAAUUAUUUUCAGGUCAGAUCUGCUUUUUCAAUGGCUUUCACAACAUUGACAAAUGCAAAAGCCAUAUUUGCCCUUGGUUCCAACAGGAGUAUUCUUGGCACAAUAAUUAGACCAGAUGAAGUACUAGUGGAAAGGAAAGGAGGAUCUAAUGGGGAAGUGACUUUUAAUAACUUGCUCCCAGGCGCUGGGGAGGGACUGCUGCAGUAUGGUGAUCAGCAGGAGAUCUACUGUAACUGGCAAUUAAAUGAUGACGAAGAAGCACUCCCCCAAGGAAAUGGGAUUGCAGAGGACGGUGAUGCUCAAUCCUCAGGAAAGAAGAGGAAGUCGUCAAAGGAUAAACAGCCUGCUAAGAAGGUGAAGGAAAACGGGCAUAGCAGUAGUGUCAGAGAUGAAGAAAAUUCAUCGAGGAAAGAGAAGAGUUCGAAGAAGCAUUGGAAACAUAAUAGAUGGUGAUAAAAAACAACAUCAAUAUAUAUAGUGGUAAGAAUUCACCCUACUUGGAUGCCUCUACCUGAUAUUUAACCUAUUAUACUGACUUAUCAAUGGAGAUGCAGCAUUUAUACACUGCAACUCCAUUGAGUUUCCGAGAUACCUGUUUCUCUAGUAGACUGAAUUGACAGUAUUUAUAUGGGAAGUUCUUUAGCUAGUGGUAGCUACAAUGUCGACGUGUCAGCUUCCGUAUCAGGUGAAAUUGCAUUGGAAUUUCAUCUUCAGUGUUGUAAAAUGCCAAUUUUGACAAGAGUGCAACUGCUGCUGUAAUUCGAAAGGAAAAAACUGUUGUAAGACUAUUCUUUU